AAGAUCUGGAGAUCCAACUGCUGCAAGUGGAGUGUGAAGAACUCAAAAAUCAGCUAGAAUGCCUGAGGGAAGGGCUGAUGGGGCAGAAGCCAGGAGACACAGAAGAGUUACUGAAACAAUCUCAGAAAGAGCUGUUGCUGCUUCAGAGACAGCUGUCCUUUAUCUCCCCAGGAGGCUCUGUGUGUGUUUUGGCAGCUAGCAAGUUUGGAAAUGAUCCAUCAUGUCUGCAGCCUGCAACGUCACAGAAAAUAUUUGAUCAGACCCAGUUUUUAGAAGAGACCCAGAUUUCUAAGUCUCAUGUCACCACCUUAAAUCAAGAGCAUCAUCAUUGGCGAUUUUUAGAAAAUGAACUGAAGGAUGCUGUGCAAGAAAAGAAUCGCCUGAGCCUUCAGUAUGCAAGUGUGUCCCACAAAGCACUGCAAUAUGACCAGGUAAAAUCAGACUAUGACCAUCUUAGUGAAACCCUUCUCAGAGUGACCAAAGAACGAGAUUUGGCUAUAAAGGGAAAACACCAGCUCCAAGCCAAGCUGGAGAACUUAGAGCAGGUCCUAAAGCAUAUGCGAGAGGCUGCUGAACGGCGGCAACAGCUGGAGUUGGAGCAUGAGCAAGCCUUGGCUGUUCUCAACGCCAAACAGCAGGAAAUUGAGCUCCUGCAGAAGGCUCAGGUUGAAGCUAAGAAGGAACAUGAAGGAGCAGUUCAGUUGUUAGAGGCCAAGGUCCGAGAGCUAGAGGAGAAAUGCCGGACACAAAGUGAACAAUUUAACCUCUUGUCCAGAGAACUGGAGAAGUUUCGACAGCAAGCAGGGAAGAUUGAUCUCCUGAGCAGUAACUCGGUGGCAUCCUCAGAUAUCUCUGGUUCUCCUGGUAAAUCUCUAUCCCAGUUAAUGAACGGAAUAGCCACUUCUAUAGGCAAAGGUCAUGAAAGUCCUUCUGGAAGUCGUUGUGUAAUUUCAGAGUUUAUCCGACCCCUUCAAAUAUCUGGAGAUAAACCAGAACAAUUGUCUGUCAAGCCUACAUUCCUGUCCAAGUCAAGAUCUGGUACCCCAAGAUGCAGAUUUGAUUCAGACAUGGAUAAUGAUCAGAAUUCCAAUACCUCAAAGCAGAGAUAUUCUGGGAAAGUCCAUCUUUGCAUAGCCCGUUAUAGUUACAACCCUUUUGAUGGACCAAAUGAGAAUCCAGAAGCAGAGCUCCCCCUUACUGCAGGGAAAUACCUUUAUGUGUAUGGAGAUAUGGAUGAAGAUGGCUUUUAUGAAGGGGAACUUCUAGAUGGACAAAGAGGACUAGUCCCUUCAAACUUUGUGGAUUUUGUUCAAGACAAUGAGACCCGGUUAUCAAGCACAUUAAGCAGUGAACAAGAUCAGAAUUUUAUCAACCAUUCGGGUCCUGCUUUGGAAGGAGAUCUCUUGGAGAUAAGUCCACCAAGUCACACAGACUCUAGUGCAAUCAGCAAUGGCGCAGGGACUCUGGAUGUGAACAUUGAUGAAAUUGGAGAAGACAUUGUGCCUUAUCCUAGAAAAAUCACCCUUAUUAAACAACUAGCCAAAAGUGUCAUUGUGGGCUGGGAGCCACCGGUAGUGCCACCCGGAUGGGGAACCAUUAGCAGCUACAAUGUUCUGGUUGACAAAGAAGUGCGGAUGAACGUAGCCUUGGGAAGCAGAACGAAAGCCCUUAUAGAAAAGCUUAACAUUUCUACUUGUACAUAUCGAAUAUCCAUUCAGAGCAUUACAAACAAGGGCAACUCAGAUGAACUGCAGUGCACUUUUUUAGUUGGGAAGGAUGUCAUAGUAGCCCCUUCUAAUCUUAAAGUGGACAACAUAACCCAGAUUUCUGCUGAGCUGUCCUGGCUCCCUACAAAUAGUAAUUACAGUCACGUGAUCUUUCUUAAUGAAGAAGAAUUUGACAUUGUCAAGGCUGCUAGCUACAAGUACCAUUUUUUUAAUUUGAAGCCCAAUAUGGCCUACAAAGUGAAGGUCAUGGCAAAGCCCCAUCAGAUGCCCUGGCAGCUUCCCCUGGAACAACGAGAAAAAAAAGAAGCCUUUGUGGAAUUUUCUACGUUGCCAGCAGGUCCUCCAGCUCCACCUCAAGAUGUGACUGUACGGGCUGGGUCCACUCCAGCAACCAUCCAGGUGUCCUGGAAACCACCAACUCUGACAGCAACAGGGACCUCCCAUGGAGCCAAUGUCACAGGCUAUGGUGUUUAUGCGAAAGGUCAACGGGUGGCAGAGGUGAUCUUUCCAACAGCAGAGAACACAUUGGUGGAGCUAAUGAGACUAAGGAGUCUGGAAGCAAAGGAAGUUACUGUUCGAACACUGUCUGCUCAAGGGGAAUCGGUGGACUCUUCUAUUGCUGCCAUUCCAUCUGACUUACUGGUGCCUCCAACCCCUCACCCCAGAACUGCUCCCAAAUCUAAGCCAUUAGCAAGUGCCGGAGCCCCAGAAACCAAAGAAGAACAUUUAGGUCCACAUUUAAAAAUGGAUGAGUCAUGGGAGCAGACUCGUUCCGCAUCCCCUGUUCAUGGACACAUGCUUGAGCCACCUGCUCCCAACUUUCACAGCCCACUUCAGGGCAGGAGGUCUCCAUCGCCAAACCGAAUUCUCCCUCAACCUCAAGGCACGCCUGUCACUAACACUGUCGCAAAAGCCAUGGCAAGGGAAGCUGCACAACGAGUUGCAGAAAGCAACAGGAUGGAGAGGAGGAGUGUUUUCAGUGAAAGGAGUAACGCAGCCCAGUACACUAACUCAGAUGAGGAGGAAGAUGGCUAUGAUUCCCCUAAUGUCAAAAGAAGAGGGGCUUCAGUUGAUGACUUCCUGAAGGGGUCAGAACUUGGAAAGCAACCUCACUAUUGCCAUGGUGAAGAGUAUCAUACAGAGAGCAGCAGAGGUUCUGACUUAUCUGAUAUUAUGGAAGAAGAUGAGGAAGAGCUGUACUCUGAAAUGCAGCUGGAGGAUGGAGGAAGGCGACGAGUCAGUGUGACUUCACACAAUGCACUUAAGCUUUUAGGUAAUCCAUCAUCUGCAGGACGGCCUGAAAGGGUGGAGCAUGCAGGGCGAAGGUCCUCUCAUGGCAGUGCUGUGCCACAAAGGUCUCGACCAAUGUUGGUCCCUUCCAUUGAAAUUACAAUGGACAGUAACAGUGAAGGCGGUCGGUCUCGGUCAGGUAGUGAGGGAAAUAUUUCACCUGUAAAAGAAGAAGCUUAUUAUCGCAGCAUUGGUGGACACAAGAAAUGGCCUCAGCAGCGUACCAUGGCCUCUGAAUAUAGAUACGAUGGCUAUGGUGGUCACGACCAUCUUUCUCCAGAUCUUUAUGAAGAAUCAGAAACAGAUCCUGGCACAGAAGACAUUUCUACUCGAAUAUUUGUUGCACUCUUUGACUAUGAUCCACUGACAAUGUCCCCAAAUCCUGAUGCUGCAGAGGAAGAGCUGCCAUUUAAAGAAGGACAAAUCAUUAAGGUUUAUGGAGACAAGGAUGCUGAUGGAUUCUAUCGUGGAGAAACCUGUACACGAAUUGGCCUUAUCCCAUGUAAUAUGGUCUCGGAGAUCCAAGUAGAUGAUGAAGAGAUGAUGGAUCAGCUUCUAAAACAAGGCUUUCUUCCUUUGAAUACACCAGUUGAGAAAAUAGAAAGGAACAGACGGAGUGGCAGGCAGCAUUCAGUGGCGACCAGAAGGAUGGUGGCACUCUACGACUACGACCCCAGAGAGAGUUCUCCAAACGUUGAUGUAGAGGCUGAGCUGACGUUCUGCACAGGGGACAUCAUCACUGUCUUUGGUGAAAUUGAUGAAGAUGGAUUUUACUAUGGUGAACUUAAUGGACAAAAGGGGCUGGUUCCUUCCAACUUCCUUGAAGAAGUGCCUGAUGAUGUUGAAGUCUAUCUCUCGGACGCGCCCUCGCGCUACGCUCACGACACACCAACGCGAACAAAAGCAAAAAGGAAGAAGAGUGUUCAUUUCACACCUUAAUAAGGCAAUGUAGCCUUCACGUAAGUGAGCAACUGAAGAUACCAAUAGCGAUUUCAAUUAAAGCUACCUGGCUCUCUAAUGCAAGUCUUGAAACUUAAAUGUGGGGGAAAAACAAACAAACAAAAGAAAUAUGUCUCCAAAAUCCUUGGCCGCAGAAGAACAGGCUGUCUGCUCUUCCUCUAUUUAGCCCAGGCAAUUCAGGGCUUUUAGGAGACAAUUCCUUUAAAAAGGAAUCCUUAAAUAUACACCAAUUGGGCCUCCCUUGCUGAAGGUCAACAUUUGGAACAUAUUUCUUCACGAGCUUGAUGUUUAUGUUUACAUAGAAAGGAGGGUUUGAUGUCUGACUUCCCUACACCACAGCUGCAUAUUGCAUUGU